AUCAGACAUGGAUGCUUUCCAGACAAUGCUGAAGUUCUUUAUGAACCGGAAAACCGCGAUAGGUUACAGUUUCAUGGCGCUGCUGACUAUGGGAGGUGAACGUGUCUUUUCUCUUGUUGCUUUCAGAUGCCCGUGCAGCAAUGAAAACUUCAGGUACGGCUUGGUAUUUCUCUUCUCGCCGGCUCUCGUUUUGCUAGUUCUUGGAUACUUCUUGAACAGCAAGACCUGGAAACUCUUUACAGGCUGCUGGGUGAAUCCCAGGAAAAUAUUCCCCAGAGGGAACGUCUGCCAUUUCUUUUACAUCUUUGGACAAAUCACUUUAAAUGCUCUGGUAGCCCCAGUGAUGUGGCUUUCCGUGGCUUUGCUCAACGGGACCUUUUACGAAUGUGCCAUGAGCGGCUUGGAAAAGCCUGCCUACUUACACGCGGUUUGCCACAGCAAAUCCGAGAAGUGCUUUGAAGAGCUGCACAAGGUAGCCUGUGACAAGAGCUCCCUGCCCUUUUCAGAGAGUGAUGAACUGAAAAGAACACUUCAAGCACAGUCCCAGAUGUUAGGCUGGUGUUUGAUAGUUAUCACAGCUCUCCUCUCCCUGCUCACCACUUGCUGUGCCAGCUGCCAGUCAAAAGUCAGCCACCUCCAGCUGAUGUUCUGGCGAGUGUACGAGGGGACCGAGAAGGAGCAACUGGAGCAGAUUUUCCAGCUGUAUGCCACCAAGCUGAGUGAGAGAAACCUGAAGUGCUUCUUUGAAAACAAGGAACCAGAACCCAUUUCUCUGCCAGCUUUCCAGGCAUGGGAAGAUGCAUCCCAGCUGUACUCUUUCAGCAGCAGCAAACAGCAUUAUAGCACGAUUCACAGACUAGUCGAAGAAGGCCAGAAAGGAACCAGUGAGGAAAGAGAGACAAUUCUGGACCUUGCGGACAGAAGGGAAACACCAUAGACCAAGUAUAUUUUCAGCUUUUUUAUAUCUUGUUAAUAUGGCAUACCUCUAGCUGUUUUCGUCUCUGUAUUUUUUUCACAAUGGCCUCUUUCUUCUUUAUCAUGUUUCCUCCCAGUUAGAGACUUGCUCCAAAAGGAUGGAAUGAAAUUAUUUCCCUACACGAGUGAAGAGGCUGCAGUACUCCAUGCCACCCAGGGUUCAUGUCACUGGCUCAGCAUCAAGAGCUGACAGCACAAAUAAAUGAAUUAUGGCCUCUACAAGAGGGUUUUAACAGUAUGCUAUGUAAAAUGUGCUAUAGUGUGCUUGUCCUAUGUAAAUCAAGAGAUUAUCAACAAGUAAAGUAAUUUAAAGUGUGUGACUAUAACAUAAUAAUAUUAUAAUAUAUGUGGCUUUCUGACAGCCCACAGAAAGUAAAGGUUUUCCAUCUAGGCCAAAUGCAGGUUCAGCCUUGUUUUGAGGCACCAGUGAUCCCUCAAGGCUUCUCUGUAUUUGGAUAUUUUGCCUCUGUAGAACAUCUCCCUAUUAUCUGCUCCCAAUCUAGACUUUCUUUUUGUAUGGAUAUAAAGCUCUAGUUUUGACUAAGUUUCAGGCACUGGGUGCAGCCUGUAGUGCUAUGUAAUAUUGUUGUUUCUGGGCCUGUAGCCAGUGUACAACAGAGGGCCUGGAAGGAAUUUCCAGUUUUUAAGCCAAGAAAAUAUUUUGCGGAACACUGACUUCCAUUUUUUUGAAUGUCCUAGGAGAUUGUAGUGUCUGGAGCAAGAAGAAACACCAGGUGAGGUAACUGCCUGUGCCGACAGUCAGUGCCUCUGACAAAUGCAUUUCACCCCAGAGCCCUGUGCUUUACCUCACCCACUUGGAAUUCAUCACAUGGCUCUCAGGGUGUUCAGAGUGUUCACAAACUGCAUAAAAAGAGAAUAGAGUUACUUUCCCUGGGGCAGCUGGGCAGGCUUUUGUGCAGCAUUUCAUUGUCAGUCUCUCUGAGUCUGCAAAGAAUCAUAAUUUUGCUAUGCUUGAAUCAUGCUCGUCUCUACAAACCAGGGUAUCCUGCCCAGCUGUUCUCAUACUCAUUGGGCUUCUUCAGCAGGUAAAAGCAUCUAUAUACACACCACUACUCUUUAGGAAAUAAAACACAAGAACUAAUUCAACUCUCUACUUAGAAUUUUCUCCUUAUGUUUUCAAGAAAAUGCGACCUUUGAGAAAAUGUUUUAAAGGUCUUUCAUGCCAGAUGAUCCACUUAGCAGCAUACUUACAACAUGUUGUAUGCUUAAAUGAGCCUGCUGCAGCUGAAAGCACAGAUACAACACUGCCAAAAUGGAAGUCACAACAGCAGAUGUCUGACACUGUGCCUGGCACAUACACCAACCAUUUUCUCCCCAGGAUCCUCUCCUGGUAUAGCAUCUACCUCCUUCCAGGCUAUAUGACCCUUCUUAUUUGCCAGGUUUCAUCUUUCCUUUGCCCCAACAUCUGCUCUCCAGCCCCAUUUCACCUCCUCCCUGCAUACAAGGGGAGACAACACACCCCCCAACAGGGCAACCCCGCUGCCUGGACCAACUUCCCUUUCCAAAACUGUCUCUCCACCUCCUUCCUUAGAAAAUCAAAGCAAGUAGGGAUGCAAUGGGGAAGACAGCAAGUAGGUUAAUGAGCAGAUCAAAGAAAUAGGGGAAACAGGUGUGUUGAUGUAAAGAUAAGGCCUCCAGUGUGACAUAAUAGCUGGGACACAGAGGCAAAAGCAUAGCUGGUAGAGAGAAGAGUAGGAGGACAGAGUCGUCUUUCUUAGAGCUUUUGGUAUCCUCUUUCCCUCAGAAGAAAGCUUAGGGCUCUGCACCUGAAUAGCCCGUCCAUCUGAAACAGCAGCACUUCCCAACCCUGUCUUCUGCUUUAUUAUGGAGGGCCAAAUCCAAGGGGAAUUUCCCUCUGCUCUUCCUUGGCUGCUUCAUGUUUGCAGGUAACUCAUGUGGAGAGUGUCUCCACCUCCAAGAGCAGCUGCUGAACACUUUGUGCUGCAAUGUGUGUCUGGUAGGAGCCCAUCUCUCACUGUUCCUCAUUCCCAGGGCUGUGUGACUCUUUCAUCUCACCAAAAUGCCUGUGACUUAAUGCAAUUUCCAUGUGGAUCCUAGAAUACUUCUUUUAAAACAGACUGAAAUAACAGCCAGUUUGACCCUAAGUUUCCAACUGGAAUGCGGGUUUGGCAAAUUUAAUUUAGUCCCUCAAGGGGCUAUUGCAAAAGCUGCUUUCUAUCAACAUUGUCCCUGAAUUCAGCAGCUACCAUGGCAUCUCAGAGAUAGACUAUUGUCAACACUGUACAAAACAAACUGGAGAGAGAGAAAAAAUCCCAACAAAUAAAACCAAACAGCAAGAUCUACAUUUUCUACUGGAAAAUUUAGAUUUAGCAUUAAUUCUGAUACCCAUCAAAAUAUGAGUAUACAAGAAAAAAAGGAAACUUCUGUUUAAUUCUCUGUACUCUGUCCCUCAGUUUAGUCAUUAAAAUUCUCUUAGCUCUUCUUCCACUACCCAUCUGCUGCUCCACCAAACUUGAAGUCUUUGUUAUAAGAAUAAAGACUUUUUAACCAUGCCAAACCCUCAUAUGCUUUCAAUUUAGUUUCAGCUGUACUUUGCAUUGUGGUAUGAUGAAUCUGUCCAAAUUCUAUUGUUAAAAAUUCCAGUGUGAAAGAGAACUUGCAUGGAAACUAUGCAAAAUAAGUAGCUGGCUUGCAAUGGAGCACCAAAUGAAAACAAAAUUGCAAAGCUGCAAAGUGAAAAUUGUGAAAAUGUCUUGGCAGGAACAAUAAUUUUAGUGUAUAAAUAAGGAAUUCAAUUAAUAUACAUUAUUUUUUCUUAAAACCAGGCUAUAACUGGACAGCAACUACUUUAAAACUACCAUUUAUAGUUUCUCAGUGGAUAAAACAAAGAUCUUCUCAGUCUUUGUGACUCCAAAAGACUAAGAAGUAAAAUGAAUGAGGUGGUUUAAAACUUGCAUCCCAUAAAUCUCUCUCAUUUUUAUCUCUGAAAUGGAAGAAAAAAGAAUAUCUGAUUAGACACGUACAUAGGCUCGCCACCAAAAUGAUGCCCAUAUAAAGCAAAAUCUCACUUUUGAAAAUGUUAUUUGCUACUCUAUGACAUUACAUAUUGCUUAAUGAGAAAAUGAGAUCUAUGCAGUCUGAAUUGAAAAUGUAUCACUGCCUUUUUUGGAAGUGUCAACCAGCAUUCCAUCCUGCUCAAACAGCAAAAAUAAAAAUCAUCAGCAUUUUGAUGGUGUUCAAACACAGUCUAGAAUUACUGACAUGUUUAGGAGGCCACUUACUUAUCAGUCUCUGUACAUACUACUGGGGACUUUUCACUACCAAACUUUUUCUGCAUAAGUCAUGAUGCCAAGUAAGGAAGUACAGACUGUUAAAAAAAUGAAAACCACUAUUUCAGACAGCAUAAUAGCAAGAUUAAUGAAGGACCAGGAUUAAUCUGCAUAAAAGGGGAAAGGCAGCCAAAAUAAUAUUUCUGCUAGCAUACUUUUCAUUCUUAGUAUUUUUCCAGUCAGUGUUUGGAAAGAGGAAGAUGUACUAAAGAACUUGCCAUCUGUUGCUGAUUCCAAACUUCUCUUCUGAACUUUUCUUUGCUCUCCACAGUGCAGCACUUCAACGUUCUGUUUACUGUCUACCACAGUAGACUGUAUUACUUAGCACAGCAACCCACUUAUGCAUUUCUCUCUCCCUGCUGAGAUCUGAAAACCAACAUUUACCAGCUUCAUUAAUUCUGCCAGCUUCUGUCAGACCUUCAAACUGGCCAUAAGUCAAUAUAAAGGGACCUGGUGUGCCAGCACCUUCCAUGACAAGGGGAAGGAAUUCUCUUGCCCUGCAGAGACCGGAGGAGGGGGGUUAAAUGGGAUUACCCCAUUUUUUGUUAUCCCUUCCAGGGAGUUCUCUUCAAAGAGCUCCAGAUAUGUUCAUUUCCUGCUUUCACAGGGUACUGAGAGUCCACAGUAAGGUUUAUCUCUGCAGCCACUGCUUUUCAGGAACAGAUCUAUCCUUAGGCACAGCACUGCUAAAUACAGCCGUGGAGCCUGUGAGCCAGAACCAGCUUGCUGUGGACCAGGGGUGUGGUCAGGCUCCUUCCACCUCUGGCACACACGUACACCUCCUGGUGCCAGAGAAGGUAGUAUAAACAUUAAAUCUAAAACCAGAAGCUGUUUUUUGCAACUCGUUUGAUCAGAUCAAUUACAUCAAGGUCUUUUGAUGAGAAAUUGAAUUAAAAUUUUGAUUUUGCAGGAUUAUAGAGAAGAAUUAUCAACCUAAUUUCAAAAGUAAUUCUCAGUUAUACUCAGAUCCAAAUUCUGAAUCCCAUCUUGGACACUACUGCUUCAGCUGGGCUUUGUUCUUAUUGUCAUUCCUCAAUUGGUUUCCAUUUUUUUACCCCAAUUUGCCAGAAAGUCUGCUUUUACAUGUCCUGUUUCAUCUCUCUUUUAAUUCAAUCCCACUGUAACCAUGCCAAGUCACGGGACCAACAUGAGAAGUCAGUGAACACCAUGGGAACUCAGUGCAGAAGGGUUCACUUUGGCUCCUCAUCAAAACUUGUUGGUCCUUCUCCAGGCCACUUGAAGGCAGCAGUAAAGCCCAGGCUUUGCAAUCUGAAGUAGUGGUGGAAGAUUUAAGCUCCCAGUCACUGCCUUAGGUGCACCUUUCCUCUGAUUUUUAGUUCUUAAUCUGGGAAGCUGGCUUUGUAGUCCUCAUUUCACAGUAUUUUUUUCUUUUGCUUCAUCUCUUUCCAUUUUCACAGAGAACACCCACAGCCUGAAUUUACAGACUUCUCUGUUUUCCAAAGAACUGCAGGAUAACAGCUAUGUUAACAAGAGGUUUGGCUCUAACUACUUUAAUUGCUUAACUGGUAUAAUUACUUUAACUUUGAACCGGUUUUACUCAUUGUCAAAGAGAUUUAUACCUCUGAAGACUUAGUGCAGUUAAGUAUUUAAACACUUUUUCCCAGCUGGGAAGACUCCUGCUGAAGAGUUGAGGAGGUUAUGUAAACAGCUUCGUGAUCCUGAACUAAAAACUUUUAAUAGAGUAUUUGUUACUUACUGGGUCACUUUACACGUGUUUUGUUGGUAUGUGUCUCAGAAAAAUGUGCUUGAAGAUUAUUUAAAAAUUGUUUUGCCAAAGAAAUGUGAAAAUGCUGUCCAUAUCACAUUUUGCCUCAGAAAUGUUAUACUCCUACUACAAAACUCCUUUUAGUUUGCUAAAAAUAGUCCUUCAACAGGACAGUGUGUGCUUUAAUAUUUGUUCCAGUCUUUCCAAAUAAUUCUUCUCUUCAUAAGUCUCUUUGGAAGUGGAGGCUGCAGAGCAAUAGUGUCUUUUUCCAUUGUUAAUUUCUCACUGUACUUUGCUGUUGAAUACCAUGCUGUUGAAUAAUGUUGUACUUAAGAGUGAUGGUUCAACUGUAAUAAAGCAUUUGUAAAGAAUGGAACUAUGAGGAAUAAGACCCAGCAAACCAGGUAUCUGACCACCUGGAGAAGAAUAUGAAAGUGAACAAAAAACUGAUUAAGCAGCCUGGUAUCAUUUUUUUAAAUGAGGCAGUAUAUUUUAAAGCGAGAAUUGAAAUGCUGUUUGUCCCAUCAGUUUCAUUCAGCUGCCUUCACCAUUUCCAAUAGAUUGUCUACCCCAGCUCAGCUGCUAACCAGGAGGAAUUUUGUUAUGUAUCAUUCUUACUUAAAUUUCUCUUUGAAAUUCCCUGGAAUUCUAACUUGCCAAUGGGGGCAAAAGUACAUCUUUACAAAUCUGUGUCUUUCUUGUCUGACAGAAAUGUGAACAGCUACUCAAUAAAAGGAAAAUUUCCAUAAGUA